GGUGGCGCCGCAGCGCCAUCUAUUUCAAAUAAACACCUCGCCCUUGUCUCUCAUGAUGUCAUGAUGAGAGGAAAAGCUGUGUGAAAAGUGCGUGGAAAAGUGUCGGAAAAGCCGGUUUCGUGUUUGCGCUUUUGCCAUGCAUCAUGGCAAUGUUGGUUCAAAAUAUAAACGGACACAUCCAGAAUCAGUUAACGCGCUCGCUGGAGAAGAUCCUCGACGAUGCGAACCAAAGUGGCGAACUCAAGUUGAGCAACCGAAAACUCAAAGAUUUCCCCAAAACCAGUGAAAAGUACAAUUUACGUGAUACCGUCAUAGCAGACUUGUCAAAAAACCGCUUCAGCGAACUUCCCGAAGAAGUAACAACGUUCCAUUUUUUAGAAAAACUCCACUGUUAUCACAACGCAAUACGAUACAUCCCUGAUAGCAUAAUCAACUUGCAAUGCCUAGUUUUCGUCGAUUUGAGCCGAAAUCAAUUGACUUCGCUUCCGCGCGAGCUGUGCCAACUGCCGAUCAAAAUUCUUCUCGUUUCAAACAACAAUUUAACGCAAUUACCCGACGAACUUAACCGUAUGUCGCAAUUGACUGAACUCGAUGCCUCUUGUAACCAACUAACCCAUCUGCCGCCUCGUCUGGGCGACCUCCGCUCUCUCCAAUCGCUAGUCCUCCGUAACAACCUCCUCCUAGCUGUGCCCAUCGAAGUGACCUUCCUUAAACUGGUGAGGCUGGACUUGAGGGCUAACCGCAUCGGCACCCUCCCCAUAGAGGUGCGGGAUAUGGCCACGUUGAUCGAACUCCUGGUGGAGGAUAACCCUUUGACGAGUCCACCGGCGAGUCUAUGUCGUCGGGGACGUGUCCAUAUCUUCAAGUAUCUGGAUAAUGAGGCGGUGAGGUUGGAUAGGAAGACAGGUGGUGGUGGGACGCUUGGCCGAAGGUCGAGGAAAAGUGGUGGCGCUGGGUCGUCGCCAGGACCACCACUUCUGGUCGAUAGGUUGAAGCAUAAAAGACAGAACGUUGAUAGUGGGUAUAGUACGAGUAGCGAUGGGUUCGAGAAGAGGUGGAGUCAGGAUAUGGAAGAGAAGAGCUGGAUGUCGACGCCGUUGUUGACGAGGACGGAGACGAAUGGAACGCACUCGAUUUUAUCGACGCCGUCGACGGCGUCUCCAGCGCCGGACAACGAGGAAGAUGUGGAUGGGGUGAGGUUGAGUCCGAGCGAUGGCUUUGGGACCUGUAACGGGAACAACGAAGAAGAGAAGGUGGUCAAACCGCUGCACCAAAUACAAACUUACAAAGAAUACAAAGACGCCUUAAAGCAACAAAGGGCCCACGACGUGCCUGCGAUUUAUCGAACGAAAAACCCCGACGAUCAAACAACGUACAAAACCGAACCGAACACACCGACCCAUCACGCACAUGGUUCUUUGGCGACGUCUAAAUCGGAUCCAACACCGUUGAAUGCGGUAUUGAGCGGCGCCAAAUACGUCUUCGACGACACGAAAAAAACCGAAAAGACCUCACCUUACAAAAGUUACUCACCGAUUCAUAACGGAAACAAUACGAACAAUAAAUACAUCCAAGAUUACGUCAAGCCAAAGUCACCCGUUAAAGGAAAAACGGGAAUUUUAUCGCACGAUAACGUGCCUGGAUGCAACGCUAACGGAAUAACAGGGAAUCGGACGACGAGUCCUCGACUUUACAUGAACGGAGCUAACGACAAUAAUAUCAAGGGAUUGAACGGAGUCAAGACGAAUCGAACGAUUAGUUGGAACAAGGAGGUGCCUGUUGAGAAAAUGACGUUCACGAUGAGGAGGGAGAUCGACAAGGCGCGGGAGGAGACGGAUUUAAUCAAUCAGUUGCGAAAUAUUAUUGAAACUCGAUUGAAAAUGACUCUUCCGGAAGAUUUAGCACCGGCGUUGACUGAUGGUGUUGUGCUGUGUCAUUUGGCCAAUCAUAUCAAACCCAGGUCCGUGGCAAGCAUCCAUGUGCCGUCGCCGGCCGUUCCGAAACUAACAAUGGCCCGAUGCCGGCGCAACGUGGACAACUUCAUCGAAGCCUGCCGGAAAAUUGGCGUAGACGAGAAUAUGGUGUGCUGUGCCGCCGAUGUCCUUGAAGGAAGAGGGUUAGUUCAAAUAGCAAUAACAGUGACCGAACUUCUGCGGUUUCACUCGCCAAGGUCGCCUCUCCACAACCCCAUCUCUACGGUAAUUUAAGACAAGAAAAAAGUGUAAUUAUAUUAUUUAAUUUCUACUCGUAAUAUUUACUCGACUGUUUUCUUUUUGUAGAAUUUUUAAUUCGCUCUCUUUCGUACUUAUUAAGGUUAGGUGUGUCGUUUAGUCUGCGGUCCGCGCGAUUAAAUUCUAAAUCGGGUUGGAGGUUUGAUCUCACAGAUGUAAUCCAAAGAACGAAACCUUCAACGAAAAUAUCAAAAUUUUGAUGUUUUGUUUCGUUUGCUCAAUCUACAAGCUUUUUAUAAAUUUUUUUGCUAGACAAUAAUAAUUAAUCAAAAUCACGUCGGGUUCUGGUGAUUGACCAUUCCAUAAAUAGGUGCCAUGUAAUAAGAGGACACGACGCCAGGACUGACCGGUAGGUAGUUUCCGAUUUUGUGCCAAAGAUUUUUGGGAUUUGACGUGUCAUAGAAGGAACGGGGGUUAGUCGAAUUUUUUUGAAAAUUUACAGUAAAUGUGUCAAUUUUCGGUGUUUUGGAGAAUCGAAUUGCCGUUCGAGAAGCCUAUCUGUAUAUACGAAUAUACGCAAUGUAAGGAUGUAUUCGUUAGAAUAAAUUACUUAGGUUGUUUCUUCGAAAACGUGAAAACUGUGCGAAAGACUGGGUACUUAUCAACUGCAUUUUUAGUUUGAUUUUUAGCAAUUCUAGGUUAAGACGCACAGUUCAUUUAUCUUGUAUCUAGUCAAUUAAUAAAAUAUUUUUUACUUCA